GUCCAAUAAAAUUUGUAUAAAAUGUAAAGUUGAAGCUAAAACACUGUAUUCCAAAAAUCAAGGAGAGGAGGGAAGCAAAAAAUGGGAGGGGAAUUAGCGAAACGGAUAGAUCUUCCUCUCCUCAUUAUUUUUACAUAAUGCCCAAGGUUAAAGUUUCCGGCACAAAGUUCCGUAUGACCCUCGGUCUUCCCGUUGGUGCUGUCAUGAACUGCGCUGAUAACUCUGGUGCUAAGAACCUGUAUGUUAUCGCCGUCCGUAACAUUAAGGGUCGCUUGAACAGACUUCCUGCUGCCGGUUGUGGUGAUAUGGUUGUUGCUACCGUCAAGAAGGGUAAGCCCGAAUUAAGAAAGAAGGUCAUGGCCGCCGUUGUUGUUCGUCAACGUAAGGCAUGGCGCCGUAGAGAUGGUGUUUUUCUUUACUUCGAAGAUAACGCUGGUGUCAUCGUCAACCCCAAGGGUGAAAUGAAGGGUUCCGCCAUCACUGGUCCCGUUGCUAAGGAAUGUGCUGAUUUGUGGCCUCGUAUCGCCUCUGCUUCUGGUACCGUCGUUUAAA